UAGUGAAUGCAGGGUCCGGGGAGAGCGGAUAUAGUGAAUGCAGGGUCCGGGAGAGCGGAUAUAGUGAAUGCAGGGUCCGGGGAGACCGGAUAUAGUGAAUGCAGGGUCCGGGGAGAGCGGAUAUAGUGAAUGCAGGGUCCGGGGAGACCGGAUAUAGUGAAUGCAGGGUCUGGGGAGACCGGAUAUAGUGAAUGCGGGGUCUGGGGAGACGGAUAUAGUGAAUGCGGGGUCUGGGGAGACCGGAAUAUAGUGAAUGCAGGAUAUAGUGAAUGCAGGGUCCGGGGAAGAGGGAGAGAGGAGGAGGGAGGGAGGGGGGAGAAGGGGGGAGAGGGGGGGAGGGAGGGGAAGGGGGAGGGGGGGAGGGGGGAGGGGGGAGGGGGG